GUUAUCCCCAACUUUGCCUAUUGCGUCGUCUCUCAAAUGGCUCUCCACCACUCAAUUUUCAAUAAUCCACUAAUUCCCAACCUCUGCCCUCUUUUCUCACAUUCCUUUACCAUUUGAUCUCUUCCCCACAGAGUGUUCUCCUCUCUAAUUUGUACAGAAAUGGCUACUGCAGUGAGCGCUGCAGUGUCUCUUCCCUCAUCAAAGCCAACCUCCUCUCUGCCUAGCAAAACCUCUGUUCUCUUCCUUGAAAAACUCAGUUUCAACAAGGUGCCUUUUUACCUUAGAAAUGUGUCAACUGGUUGGAGAUUGGUGUCCAUUAGAGCACAAAUUACCACUGAGGCUCCUGUCAAGGUUGAGAAGAUCUCCAGGAAACAGGAGGAGGGUAUAGUUGUCAACAAGUUCAGGCCUAAAGAACCAUAUGUAGGGAGAUGCCUUCUCAACACUAAGAUCACCGGAGACGAUGCCCCAGGUGAAACAUGGCACAUGGUCUUCAGCACUGAGGGGGAAAUUCCUUACAGGGAAGGUCAAUCAAUUGGGAUCAUUGCCGAUGGAGUUGAUGCCAAUGGGAAGCCUCACAAGUUGAGGUUAUACUCAAUUGCCAGCAGUGCCCUUGGUGACUUCGGAGACUCCAAGACUGUUUCCCUCUGUGUCAAAAGGGUUGUCUAUACCAAUGACAAGGGCGAAGUUGUUAAAGGCGUUUGCUCAAACUUUUUAUGUGACUUGAAACCUGGGGCUGAAGUGAAAAUUACUGGACCAGUUGGGAAGGAGAUGCUCAUGCCCAAGGAUCCUAAUGCCACAAUUGUAAUGCUUGGCACCGGAACUGGAAUCGCCCCUUUCCGUGGAUUCUUGUGGAGGAUGUUUUUCGAGAAGCAUGAAGACUACAAGUUCAAUGGCUUGGCGUGGCUAUUCUUAGGUGUUCCAACCAAAAGCUCACUUCUUUACAAGGAGGAAUUUGAGAAAAUGAAGGAGAAAUGUCCUGAAAAAUUCAGACUGGACUUUGCCGUGAGCAGAGAAGAAACAAACGAGAAAGGUGAAAAAAUGUACAUCCAAACUAGAAUGGCUCAGUAUGCAGAAGAGCUCUGGGACCUAUUCAAGAAAGACAACACUUUUGUGUACAUCUGCGGGCUCAAGGGCAUGGAAAAGGGAAUCGACGACAUCAUGACGUCACUUGCUGCUAAAGACGGCAUUGAAUGGGCAGAAUACAAGAAACAGAUGAAGAAGGGAGAGCAAUGGAACGUUGAGGUCUACUAAAAUUUGUCUCCCAUAUACACAGCUGCUUCAUUGUAUGGAAAACCUUCUACAUCUAUGUAGGGAUAGAUAGCAACUCUCUUGUAUCGUUACAUUGUCUAUUAAAAUUCCCAUUGCUUAAUCACUCAAUACGUUUUCUCUUGAUUGAGACCAAUGUUCAUGAUCACGGGAUUCUCUUUUAAAACUUUUUUUUACUUUUCACGUAUAUGAAUUAAGCAAGUCGUAGACGUAUAGCGCGUAAGACCAUAUGUCUAAGAGGGAAAAUGACUCCCCUUUUACGAAAUACUCGUUGUAAAGUAAACUGCAAAGGGCAUG